AUGGCCGGAUAUCUAUAUAAAGAAAAUUCUCUGAUAUCUGGUUCGUCCUUGAAGGAAUACGUUGCCUGCCAUUUAUCAUCCAAAGUCACUCUAGCUUUUCCUUCAAGCAAGGGGAACAGAGUAUAUCGGCACUGGAGUGCACAGGCUCCGUCAUUAUUUCCAAGGUGGAACUCUAAGAAGAAUACUAAGUGUAUGGAGUAUGGCUUCAAGUCUUGGACAAAGAAGGCUGUGUCUUCGUUGUACGGCGCUAUAUUAGCGAACAUCAAGACUAUAGCCUUAUUCCACGCCAUAACUACAUGUUUACUGGAGGCUAAGUUAAACUUCCAUGCGGGAGUUCGGCUGCAAGGAGCAGCUGGUAGGCUUCUACAAUCAUAG